AUGUCCAAUUUGUCUUGGUUCUGGGACCAGCACGGCGUCAAGGUAGAGUUCGACGGAAUCCCUGCGUCAUACGAAACGUGGCUGGUCGGCUCUGCCCAGCAGCCCGACUCGGCGCAGCAGAUGUUGCUGGACACGGUGGAGGCAGCGACCGCAACGAAGAUCGUCAGGAUGGAUCUCCUCGCGAAGGAUGAGAAUCUCGUGGUGAAGGUCGAGUAUGAAGACGGCCGACGAGACAUUGUGCGCUCGCCACUUCUCUACAAAGAGGACGGGACACCGCGCGCCCAUUGUCUCGAGCGGUUCUGGCGAGAAGACGGUCUUCUCAGGUGGCUUGAAACUCAGACACCCCUGCCGGUCCCUAAGGUCCGAUACACCUUAGAGGGCUCCGGCCCUGGGAAGUAUCUGUACUCUGUCAUCGAGGUGCUGCCCGGUACCAUCCUUUUGAAUGCCUUCGGUCGCAUGCCGUACACUGCCAAGGAGUGCGCAAUCCGCACCCACGCGGAGUUCGCCGUGAAGUUGUUCCGACUAGAUGUACCCCAGCGCAUCGGGUCCCUUCGCUGCACUGCAGAGGGUAUCCCGGAGGUGAUCCCUCAGCAAACGAUCAACCCUCAGUACGCUGCACCGCAAGUCUUCGACACUCUCGAGGCGUACAUCGACUUCCUCAUCUCGCGCCAGCUGCGAUCGGAGGACAUCGGUACAGACGAUGUGUCCCGACGCCGCAGCGAGACGAUCCUCACUCGAUUUGCCACCCAGCUAUCCCGCAUCCUCGUGCGGCUCAACCGCCCGGAGCACCGCCGCUGUGUGCUCUCUCACGACGACCUCAAUCAUACAAACGUUCUCGUGGACGAAGCGGGGGGCGGCGCGGUCAGCGGCGUGAUCGACUGGGAGCACCAGUCGACGCUGCCCGCGGUGCUGGCCGCGCAGUACCCGCUGUAUAUACGCUCUGGCGACUCUCAGAUACCGGCGGGCCACUCGGAAAAGUGGAUCGAGGACUCGGGGAUGAUUAGCCCGCAAGGGUUCUCGCUCACGAGUCCAGAGGACGAGGCGAGCCUGCUUGAGUUCUAUGCCAAUGCGGUGAAGUCCUUGGAUGAGGAAUACUGGGAGGCACUUGUUGAGGGCGCGCUUUUGCGCUCGGCGGUCGAGUGGCUGGGUUCGCUGCACGACGAGAGCGACUGUGCGGCAUUGGAGCGCUGGAUGGACCGUGCGUUCCCUGCUGUAUAA